UUGCGGUUGUCAAAAACAACUGGUAGGAGAAAUUAAAAUCUCUCGCUAAACAUAGACGCGGUAUUUUAGACUUGUUUUCUUCUAAUAGUUCAAUAUGACAAUAAAUAUGAUCUAUUAAAUGUGCAAGAAACAAUGACUGACAGCUGAGGAAACAAGAAACUUAAUAAUUAUUUGCUAACACAUCAUUAGAAGGUUAUGAGUCUGCUCUUCCCAAGCUCUUCACUUUCACAGCAAGCCAGAAGAAAUUUAUAUCUUGAGCAUUCCAAAAUACUCCCGCUUAUUAGUAGAGGCAGAUAUAAUCAUAGUGUGGCGGCAUGAUUGAUCGGCUGUACAAGUUGAUGUGGCUUGUACUUUAUAUACUUGCCAGUAUAUAUGAAACCUUCUGCUAUCUAAAGUUGCGAUUACAAGCCUUUAUACUUUGGUCAUAUGACCUAUGGCACAGCAGUGCUGCUAUUACCCGCCGCGACCGCGCAUUUCUUCAAAGCUGUAAAGCUGAAUUAACGAAAUUGCCUCAACAUCUGAAUUUGAUUAUUGGGCCUGAUCCUCUCGUAAGCGUGAGUGAAGCGGUUGUGGGACGCAUUUUGUUGUAUGCUCAAAUAAUCGGCAUAGAGUGCGUCAGUUUAUAUGAUGUGCGUGAAAAUAUGGGACAUAUUGUCUUGGAGAGAGUUUUUAUGUCACAAGACGCAUUUUGGAGAGAGUUGCAACCAAAUCAAUACGAAUGGGGAUUGCGGGAGUGCCCGUCGAAGGCCCCAAUAAAAUACGAAAGUGACAGUAAUGGAUGUGCGCGAAAUGGUACAACCAGUGAAAAUGGAAACGUAUGUAAUGGAGAUGCUUAUCACAACAAAAUACAAACACCGUUAAAAAUUUACCAAGUUACUGAACAGGACAACCGUCCUUUGAUAGUAAAAAUCUGCCGUAAACUUUUUCAAGAACGUAAAACUUCUAAUGUGCAAAAUAUUCUGGGCGACCGCAAACAACUAGAACAAUACAUCAGCGAUGAAGUAGCGCAACACAUGCAAUGGAAAUUCGUAGAUCCAGAAUUAAGCAUAAUAUUCAAUAGAGAUACGUGUACUUUCGGCAUGUUGCCUUGGCAGACACGUUUUACAGAAUUCCAUACUUUCGAGACUGGUCGCUGUGUGAACGCAGAAAGUUUUGCCAAAGUGCUGUACAAAUAUUCGAAAUGUGAACAGCGUUGGGGAAAAUAGGUAUUUAAUAUAAUGGGCAAACUGUGUAAAGGCGAAACUAUGAUAUGGGGGUAACACAAUAAGAUAAUGUAUAGGAAAAUAUGCGUGUGCGUAAGGUGCUUGGAAAGCAUUACCUGCGUCACUUAACUCACUCGAUUGUAUGCACGCUUCUGUUAUACGAAAAAUAUUUAAUAUAUUUGUAUAAAUUACAGUUUAUUACAUCA